CACACACACACACACACAAUACAGUCUGCAACAACCGAAUCUAUCAUGGCGUUUCCGUACAUGGAAGCUGUUGUUGGUUUUAUGAUAUUCAUGUAUCUCUUUCACACUUAUCUCAAAAUGCGGCAACAUGCUGCUCUUAAGCUGCCCACACUUCCAAAAACUUUGGAAGGAGUGAUCAGCCAAGAAAAGUUUGAAAAAUCCCGAGCCUAUACUCUUGAUAGAAGCCGCUACGGUUUUGUUCGUAAUUUGGUAACUAUAGUGUUGGACUGUGCAAUUUUGUUAUUUGGGUUAUUGCCCUGGUUGUGGAAGAGAUCAGGAGACUUCCUGGUGUCUGUUGGCCUCAAUGCAGAGAAUGAAAUAUUACAGAGUCUUGUAUUCUUAGCUGGUGUUAUGAUUUGGUCACAGAUUACUGAUUUGCCAUUUUCUCUGUACUCAAGUUUUGUGAUCGAGUCCCGCCAUGGUUUCAACAAACAAACAAUAUGGUUAUUCAUUAGGGACAUUAUCAAAGAAAUCGUCCUAACUAUUAUAAUCGGGCCACCUAUUGUGGCUGCAGUCAUUGUAAUAGUACAGAAUGGAGGUCCCUAUUUGGCCAUCUAUCUUUGGGGGUUAGUGUUUGUUCUAUCGCUUGUCAUGCUGACUCUUUAUCCUAUUUUAAUAGCACCACUUUUCAACAAGUUCACACCACUUCCAGAUGGAGAGCUUAGAUUGAAAAUUGAGAAUCUUGCUUCAUCGCUCAAGUUUCCCUUAACAAAGUUGUUCGUUGUUGAUGGAUCCACAAGGUCAAGCCAUAGCAAUGCAUAUAUGUAUGGAUUCUUCAAGAACAAGCGGAUCGUCCUUUAUGACACAUUGAUUCAACAGUCCAAAAACGAUGAGGAAGUCGUUGCUAUUAUUGCACAUGAACUGGGUCAUUGGAAGCUUAAUCAUACAAUUUAUUCUUUCAUUGCUUUUCAGAUUGUCACAUUUUUUAAUUUCGGAAUAUAUACUCUUGAGAGAAACUCAAAAGAUCUGUUCCAGAGUUUUGGUUUUGAUACGCAGCCAGUCAUCAUUGGAAUAAUAAUAUUUCAGUACACCAUAAUGCCUCUCGAGCAUCUUGUCAGCUUUGUUUCUAAUAUUGUAAGCCGAUCUUUGGAGUUUCAGGCUGAUGCCUUUGCUAAGAAGCUUGGUUAUACAGCAGCACUUCGAGCCAGCCUUGUGAUCAUGCAGGAAGAAAACUUAGACGCGAUGAACACCGAUCCUUGGUACUCUGCUUAUCACUAUACUCAUCCUCACAUCGUUGAAAGAUUGACUGCAAUUGAUGAACCUUAUAGAAAGACACACUGAGGGAAUCCUGAAGUGAACACAUAAUUAGUUCAUUUUAUACUUUUGAGUCAGACCAUCAUUUAUACUUUUGAAGCCAAACGUUGUAAAUGUGAGAAUGGAUAGCUUUAAUACCACUUUCCUUAUGAAAUCCAUUGGAAAUGGACUAAAAAUCCACGGAAUUACAGAUGAGGGGAAAAGGGAGGAAAAGUGGUAAAGGAAGUUGUAGCUUAAUGUAACUAAAUUGUACUUUUCCUUGUCAACAGUGACAGAACUAGAUAUCUUUGUUUUGAACUGUUCCACUCUUGCAAUAUAUCUUGUUUCUUAGUA